AAUCAUUUUUAAUAUUUUAAAAAAUGUCGCGUAAAAUAGCUCGUGAUUUAUCCACCAUUGAUCUUUCGAGUGAUAUAGAAUUGAAAAAUGAUCUGACAUUCUCUCUGAUGGGCUUAUCGCAGCCUGUUUUGAAAGGUCUACUGACUUGCGGAUUUCACAAACCCUCUCCUAUCCAAUUUAAAUCCAUCCCCUUGGGACGAUGUGGAUUUGAUUUAAUUUUAAAAGCCAAGUCAGGAACUGGUAAGACUGCAGUUUUUGGCGUGAUUGCUUUGGAAAUGAUUGAUACUAGCAUAAAUCAAGUUCAAGUUAUAGUAAUAGCUCCUACUAGAGAAAUAGCCAUUCAAAAUCAAGAAGUUAUUUCAGCAAUUGGCUGUGAAAUAAAAGGUUUAAAAGUUUGUAAAUUUAUUGGUGGUAGACCAAUUAAAAAUGAUAAGAAAAUUAUUGGCAAUUGUCAUAUUGCAAUUGGAGCUCCCGGAAGGAUAAGGCAUUUGAUUGAAACAAACAUUCUUCAAUCGAACGCAAUUCGUCUUAUUGUUCUUGAUGAAGCUGACAAGUUGCUAGAAGACAGCUUUCAAAAAGAUAUCAACUUUGUAUUUUCAAAACUUCCUGAAAAUAAACAAGUUAUAGCAGCUAGUGCUACUUAUGCUGAUGGUUUAGAAAAUUUUUUAAAGACUUAUAUGCAAUCGCCUAAGUUGUGUUGUCCAGAUGAUGAAGGAUCCAUACCAUUAGGUUUAAAACAAUUUGUUUGCAUAUUGCCAAGUCAUCCACUUGAACAGAGACAACGUCAAAUUAAGAUUGAAAAAUUAGUAAAAAUUUUGGAAAAAAAUUUUUUCAAACAGUGCCUUGUUUUUUCUAAUUAUCAAAUUGUAGCUCAAUCAGUUUCUAACAUGUUGAAAAACACAGGCUUAGGUAAGACUAUUGAUUCUAUUAAUGGGAGUCAAACGAUGGAAAAAAGAAUUGAUUCUAUCAAGAAAUUAAAAAGCACUGAAAAUAAAAUUAUAGUCACAACUGAUGUAUUAGCUAGAGGAAUAGAUGCCCAAAAUGUUGAUUUGGUUAUAAAUUUAGAUAUUCCUAGAGAUUUUAAUGGUAAAAGUGAUCCUAGUGCAACUUAUAUACACAGAAUUGGCAGAGCCGGGCGUUAUGGGCGUCGUGGAUUAGCUAUUAAUUUAAUUGCUGAAAAAGAGUUGAAUGAUUUUCAAAAUUUGCUGUCAUCUGUUGGUGGUCCAGAUUAUUCAAUAUUUAAAUUACCUGAAAAUUGUUCAGAAAAUCUUUGGAAUGAUGCAGAUGAUGUGUAUGAAAGAAUACAUGCUGUUAAAAAAAUAGAUCAAGAAAACAACAAAACAAAAGAAAAAAAAGAUACUUCAUUUGAAAUUAUUAAAAAAAAUAAGCCUAAGAAUGAUACAAUUACGGACAAAGGAGUUGAUAGUUUGAAAAAUUCAAAUAAUUCAAGUGAUGGGUCAAAAGAAAAAUACAAAUCUUUUCAAAAUUCCUCUCGUUGGAAAGAAUACUGUCAUACAGAUAAUUUGCAAGAGUUAAAAAUUUCUCAGAGUGAUGAUCCAUCUUUAACUGAAAGAUUAAACGAGGGUGUUAAUUUUGGAUUUAAUUUUCAUAAAGUUCCAAAAGGUAAAUUAUCAAAAACUGAAACAGAUGAUUUAACAUCUUUUUUCAACAUUAAGUACAAAAGAAAAAGUACCCAUAAUAGCUCUAAUGAUAGUUUAGCAUUUGAAAUAAUACAUGAAAGGGAAACUUUGAAUGUUGAAGAAAUAGAUAUACAAAAAAGUAUUGCUGAAUUGAAAAAUCACUGUGAUAAUUUCAUAUUUGAAACACAAGAUUUCCAAUUUCUAUUAAAAUUAAAAAAUAAUUUAGGAAAAAAUUCAUUUUCAUCUUCAGAAGACCCUGCUGAAGACUCAAAUAUUUAUAAAGCAGCUUGUUGGAAGAACAAACUCAAACAUGAAUUAAACUUGUUAAGAAAACUUUUUUUAAAAACCAAACAAGAUAAUGGCAUACAUACUCUAAACUUUUAUGAAGCUCUACAUCAUUUUUACUAUAUGCAACAAAAAGCACUUAUGUGCAUAUAUCCUGAAAUCAGAAAUGAAGAAGAAAUUAAAGAUACAUACCUUUAUUCAGAAGACAAUGCCAAUAUCAAUCUAUUAAAUAUGUAUGGAGAAAUUGAAAACUUUAAAAGUUUAUAUCGUAAUUCAGAUUUUAAAGAAUUUUCUUCUUACUUUCCAUAUCCUAUGAAAAUUGGAGAAUCAUUACCCAAUCUCAUGAUGAGUGAGAAUGAUAUUAAAAAAUAUAAAUUAUGUGUUGAAUUUUUAAAAAACAACUCAGAAUUUUUCUCAGAAUGGUUCAAGAUAAGAACAUUAUUGAAUGGUGUUAAUAAUGAAAAAAUCAAACAAAUGAUUGAAAAAAGUAUUAUUUCAGAACCAAAUAUAAGCUAUGUUAAGUUAUGUUCCAUCUUUCAUAAUAAUACUGUUGAAGAUAAUAAUGUAGUAGACAGUAGUGAUUUUUCUGAAAGCGAAGAAUUGAAUUCUGAUACGUCAACAACAUCUGAAAAAAAUAAUAAUGGAAGUGACAUUUCUGAUGUACAGAUCUUAGGUGAAGAAUUAAAGAUUGUCUCAUUGAGCACAGACAAUAUUUCAUCUGGAAAAAGUGUGAGUUGUAUCCAAAAAUUAUCUAAAGAAAGUGAUGAAAGUGAUGGAAGUGAUGGAAGUGAUGGAAGUGAUGAAAACUGCUUCAAUGAAAAUGUAAAUACUCCAGUUGAAAAUGUUGUUAAUGAAGAAUUGAAUCAUAAUGCUUACACCUCAAUGCUUCAAGAUAAUGCUUUUAGUUCUAAUGUAUAUAAUAAUUAUGCCCGUGAAAACAGAGAAAAUAGUGAGAUUCCAUACAAUAAUCAGCUGUAUCUGUCAAAUAAUAUUCAUGUCAACCACUCUUGUUAUGGAAACAUUAAUUAUGGUGAAUCGUCAAACAGUGAAGAUCAUGAACUUGAUCUUUUCUUUUCAAAUUUAAGAAUCCAAACUAAUCAAAUUCAUAUGCAAGAAUAUACCUAUCAUAUGUUUAACGAAAUGUGAUAAAUUAAGUAUUUUCAUAAGGUUCAAUAAAGUUUAUUUUUUUAUAAUAAUAUAAA